GCUUGCUUUCGGUGUUCGCCGUUGUCUCCGGCUUCUGUGGUUGGAAAUGGCCAGCGGGUUUAUCACUGAUCAUUGCCGGAUUUGAAUUUCAACUGGAAGGAUAUGGAAAGCCGGAUUAUCUCGCCGGGGCCGUAUAGGGCUACGAAGCUGUGGAAUGAAUUAAUCAAGCUGUUUCGGGCAGGAAUGCCUUUGAAGAAACAUUGUGUGCGCUUGAAAAAGUACAAUAAUUGUUUCACUGCUUCCGAGGCAGUUGAUUGGCUGCAUGAGCUGCUGAGAAAUAACAGUAACUUUGGGCCAGAUGUGACUAGACAGCAAACUCUGCAACUGUUAAGAAAGUUUUUGAAGAACCGUGUGAUUGAGGAUAUAAAAGGAAGAUGGGGAGCGGAGAAUGUGGAUGAUAACAGUCAGUUAUAUAGAUUUCCUGCUACAUCCCCAUUGAAAGUUGUUCCUAGCCAUCCUCCAUUUUACCAAAAAAAUACAACUGGAAUGAGCAACAUGAAGAAAAGUGAAUUUUGUCCAUUGCAUAAGGAGGCUAGAAUUCCUCAGGUGAAUACUGAAGAAUUGGAUAAGGAGGUUCCAGUGGUCACUUCUGAUGAACAGUUGACACACACCAGACCAGUUACUCAGAGUGACAUUGAGGAAGCUUGGAGAGAAGUUGUACUUAAUCACCUGCAGAAACUCUUGGGCUUAGCUUCACUGGAUGAUGUGCUGGAUUUCUCGCAAAUUAUUUCUCAGAAUAUUGUAUACAAUGUAUGUAACAUCAGUAAACAUGGCGUUGUUGUAUUACAAGACAAAUCAGAAGAUCUACCUCAUUGGGUGCUGUCCGCUAUGAAGUGUCUAGCAAACUGGCCCCGGCACAAUGACCUGAACCAGCCAACAUAUCCUGGUUUUGAGCGAGAUGUAUUUAAGACUGUUGCAGAUUACUUUAUCAAUCUUCCUGAGCCACUGCUUACAUUUGAAUAUUAUGAACUCUUUGUGAAUAUAUUAGUUUUGUGUGGUUACAUCAUGAUCUCAAACAGACAACAAGGAAAGCGCAAGAAUUUGGAUGAAUUUGGCUGUCCACAGCCAGCAAAAUCACAACACCUGAAUAGCCAUAAAAUCUCUUUCAAAUCGACCGAAUGUUUGUUGCUAAGCUUAAUUCGCAAAGAUAUUUCAGCGAAACCCAUGCAGCAACAGGAGGAAGUCAAUAUAUCUGAGCAGAAACUAUUACGAAAUGAGCAUAAUCUUCAAAAAGGAUGUGCUAGGCGUCUAAAUCAACAUGUGAAAAGCAAUAAGAAAGCUGAUAUUAAAGAUCAAUUAAUAGGAGGCAGCUAUCAAAACCUAGCUCACUUAAAAAAUGAUCUCAGACAGCGCUGCCCAAUCAUGUCAAGGCACCACUCAAUAGGACACAUUGCAAGUGGAGAUAAACCACGCAAACCACUCAGCCACAUUAACCAGAAUGUGGCAAGGCCUCAAAAUGGUACUGAACAGUCCCACAUUCAGGGCAUCCGGCCCCUCAUUAAUGGUAGACCUAAAGCAGAAUCAAUGUCAAAUCUGUACCUGGAAAGUGGCAGACAGCAAGUUUCUAAUUUCAGCACUAUGUGUAGCUCAGCAUGGACUUUGGCUGAAUCCAGUAAUGAACCUCGGACUAAUUUUACAAAUCAAGAAUUGGUCACUGGAGAGACGACCAAUGCAAUUGACCAAAAAUCAGUUCAGGGUCAGGAUCAACAGAAUCAGGAUUCACGAUUUGGAAGAUUGCACUAUUUUUCAAAAAUUAAUUACCAUGAGCUUAAUACAGCGAAUAACUAUAAGAUAUCCAAAGAUGUGGGCAGCUGUUUUAAUAUAAAUGCUCCAGUUGCUGAAGUUACAAUGAAACCCCAUUGUUCACCUCAGCUAGGAUUAAGAAGACCAAGUACAUUUAGUUUGGCCAACACAGUAGGAACUGGAUAUCCAACUCCAGGUGGAGCCAUGUUCCAGUGUUAUAAGUAUACUGUGGAUGGAUCUGAGAACUGCUCUUCAAAUGGCUGCCAUUCAACCUUUGCAGAAUGUUUGAAUGACACACAAAGUUUAUUGCAACCUCAUCUAGAGCAGGUUGCUAUAGAAGCUCUCCAAAUAUGUUGCCUUCUUUUACCUCCACCCAAUCGCAGAAAACUGCAACUACUUAUGCGCAUGAUAUCUCGUAUUAGCCAGAAUGUCGAUUUGCCACGGCUUCAUGAUGCUAUGGGAACAAGGAUGCUGGUAGUUAACACUUUUUCACACUGUAUAUUACGUGGCAAGAAGGAGGUUGACCUUGAUGAAUUGUUAGGUAUGCGACUGGUUUCUUUUAUACUGGACCACCAUCAAGAGAUUCUGCAAGUACCAUCUUAUCUGCAGAAUGCUGUAGAAGAUCACAUCAAGCAUCUCCAAAAAGUCAAGAUUCAGUAUCCAUGUACAGAUGUGAAUCCUUCAGUCCCAAUGUAUACAUUCUGCCAACAGAUAAGCAAUAAGGAAUUUGAAGAACAAAAGGUUACUAUAUCUCAGUGUGCCAUAGCUGAGUUAUUGGAAAAUAUUGUGGAAGACAAGAAAUUAUCAGUUAAAGACAAGAGAAAAAAGCUUAAACAAUUCCAAAAGGAAUAUCCAGAAAUCUACCAAAACCGCUUCCCCACAUCCGAAUGUGAGAUGAAGCUCUUCCAGGAUAGACCCAAGAUCAAGCCACCAUUGCUGAUUAUAAUGAAGAAACCUCUUAAACAGCAGAAAAAGCAGAAUCUCAGGAGUUGAACUAAUUAUUUUCAGAAUUUUAAAAUUAUUUAAGGCUAUUUGCACGAUUCCUCAAUUCCUUGAUCCAACUAUAUGAAGUAAAGAUUUCUUAAAUUGUUUCUGGAAGAUAGAAAAAUUGAAUUCAACAAUGGAAGUCUAAUCAGCUGUAAAUAAAUAUACAAGAUUUUCGGGCAAUAUUUAGAUGAGCAUUUGUGAUCAUCUCUGUUCCUUUAUAGUUGCUGACAUACUAGGUAUUUCCCUACUUUCAGAUUUCAAAUACUUGGACUAUACUCCUGCAAAAUCAGUUUUUAUUCUGCAAUGUGUCAGCAUUCUUUAAAAUGACUAUAAUGUAUCAAUGCAUUAACAUAUUAUUCUUUGCCUUGCAGACAAUAAUGAGUCUGUUUUAAGUCUUGAUGAAACUGCAAGGCAGAAAUGGGAUUGAUGCAUUGUUGAUGUAUAACGCACGAUUUUCAGUGCCACUGUUUUAUAUUUGAAAUCAGAAACACACUACCAAAGUUAUAAAAUACAGAAUUAUCAUCAGGGAAAUGUCUGACUCAUUCUCAUUAUAAUACUGUGAUCCUCGUCUACAGUAUACUCUGUAAGUGGCUUUCAUUGUUAGUGCUUCUGCAGUUUUAGAAUUAGAAUCACAUUUAUUAUCACUGACAUAUGCCACAAAAUUUGUUGUUUUGCAACAAAGGCAUGCUAUAAUAUAAAUCUUGUUAAAAAUUGUUAACAUAAAUAGUUUAAUCGACACUAGAAGAUACAGAAACAUUUGCAAUUUUGUUUUAUUCCCUCUUGUUUGAUUUCUUAUGUUUUUAUUGAGUUGGACAGAUAGGUCUAGCUUAAUAAUACUUAAUCAGAUUUUUCCAGUUAGAAAUGUACAGGGAAUUAUUUUCGGUGGUAAUGCCUUAACCUGGAAUUAUUGGCAUAAUUGAUUCAAAACCUCAGCUGCAAACUUUGUAAUACAACAUGUUCUAAAUUAAAUUGUAAAGAUAGGAACAUUAAAAUGGAAUGGUGGAAAAUAUUUAGUAGAGGCAUGAGUGUGCAGACAAGUGCCUGAGUAGCCCAAACCUCUAAACUCCACCUGGCUACAAUGAGUAAAAUAAGGCAAUUCUUAACUUGCUUUGUUUAUUUAGCUCCUCCAAGGUCAAUACUAUAGCAUGUUGCAACAAUUACACCACCAAAUUUCAGAAGGACAGUGACGAUUGGUCAUCUGGUCCUGCCUGACAGCUACAUAUAGCUUGCAGCAAAUGUCUAUCUGCUGGCUGAAGCCAGUUUGAAAGCAGUGAAACGAUUUCAUUGCUGCUCUCAUGGAGGUCACAACAUAUUAACACCUUAUCGAAGACAAUUGGACAUAGAUUGACAAGUACAAGUAGAGAUAACUUCUAAACCAAACCUACAUUUUCAUGUAGGUUAAAGGAAAUAAAUCUCCAACACCAUGAGGAUUAGGUUGGAUUGCUUCAGAGAGAGAGACAGGUCUGAUGGGCUGAAUUCCUUGUCUGUGCAGAAAAUAUUAGUUUGUAAUGAGUCAUCGACCACAGCCAUCUAAAUUGCUUUGGGUGGUGUCGAUUAUUUUGUAUCCUGCCUUGCUGAUUUAGCUACAUACUUACGCUAUACAGCUGUGCACACAGAUUCAAUAGAGAUCGUGUAUACCUAUUUUCCUGUUAAUUGCUCUAUAAUUGUAUCUAUUUCAUCUAUGAAGCUGAGUAGAGAUUUAUUUUGCUAUAAACGCGUGAUUCUGCAGAUCCUGAGUGACACAUGCUAAAUGCUGGAGGAACUCAGUAAGUCAGGCAGCACCUAUGGAGGGGAAUAAACAGUUGACGUAUCAGGAGGAGACCCUUCAGAGACUGGAAAGGAAGGGAGCACAUCCAGAAUAAGAAAAUGGUGGGGGGUGCAGAGUGGGGAAGGAGUACAAGCCGGGGAUAUAUGCAGCCAGGUGGGUGAGUGGGGAAGGGAUGAUGAAGUGAGAAACUGCAAGGGGAUAGGUGGGAAAAGUAAAGGGCUGAAGAAGGAAUCUCAUAGGAGAAGAGAGUGGACUGUGGGAGAAAGGGAAGGAGGAGAAUGUUGAAGGGUUUCUAGAGGGAAUAUGAGGUUUUGCUCCUCCAACCUGAGAGUGGUUUCGUCGUGGCAGUAGAGGAAGCCAUGGACUGACAUGCCAGAAUGGGAAUGUGAAGUAGUAUUACAAUGGGUGGCCACCAGGAAAUCUUCCCUGUUGUAGCAAAGGUGUGCGAUGAAGCAGUCCCUCUAUUUUCGUCAGGUCUCACCUAUGUAAAACAGGCUGCUCCGGGAGCAUUGGAUACAGUAGAUGAUCCCGACAGACUCACAGGUGGUGUGUUGCCUCACCUGGAAGGACUAUAUGGGGUCUUGAAUGGUGUUGAGGAGGUGAAGAGGUAGGUGUCCCUCUUGUAGGGUUAAGUGCCAGGAGAAGAACACUGGAAGGGACGAAUGGACGAAGAGAGUCUCAGUGGGCCCAAACUGGGAUGCAUGGAAACAGCUCAAAGCCAUGUGGAGCAAGAUGGUGGUGAAAACAGGUUCCCAGGGUUGGCACGUGGCUGUGGUAGCAAUUCUGGAUGUGCACAUGAUCGAAGAGUUGGGAGAGCAACACAGAUCACAGAGGGAGCAGUGAGCAAGGGCAUCUUUUUAUUCUGGCUUCUUCCCUCUUCCUUUCCAGUCCAGAUGAAGGGUUUCAGCCUGAAAUGUAAACUAUUUAUUCUUCUCCAUAGAUGCUGCCUGACCUGCUGAGUUCCUCCAGCAUUUUGUGUACAUUGAGAGGGGAAUCUAUUUGUUAUGCAUGGUUAUAUUUAAUUUCUCUGUCUAUCUCUAUUUAGUUCAAUUGGCUGAUCUCAGAUCAAGCCAUUUUAAUGAAUGACUUUAUAUCGAUCACUAGUUUGGUCACAUUUUUUUCAAGCUUAGAUAUAUUUUGCCGGUAUAAAAACUGCUGCAAAGGACAAAAACACCACAUGAUAUUUUGCUUCAUCCAAACUUUUAAAAAGUACCACUGUUUUCAAUUCUUGCGGCUAAAUUUUGUGCUGGAUCUUCUUUCUUGUCUCUUGGGUGCAUCUAGUUUGACCAUUUAAACCAAAAGCUUUACCUGUGCUGUGAUGAUUCGCUGGAGCAUGAAUAAAACGUCAUUUUGAAAUCUUCGGGGCCAUUCAGUUCAUCGUACCUCUGCAAUCUUAUUUUUUUCUUUUAAAUGUUGUUUAAUACUGCAACUUGCCUUUCUUUUCCUGUACUCCCCAAGUAUGUGCCUGGGUAUUUUAUUCAGCUGUUAUAUCAAGGUUAGGUGAUCAGACCCAGGGUGGGAUGUCAAAUGCUAGAGAUUGGGAUUAAAGAGGUAUAGGGUGGGAGGAGUAAAACUUGAAGGAGAUUUGAGAUCUAGUGUGAUAGGUGCCUGCAGCAUGUUGCCCGGGGAUGUGGUGGAAGCAGGUAGAAUAUCAACUGUUCAGAGGCAUUUGGUCAGUCGUGAACGGGUAGAUGAUUGAGAAAUAUAGACUAUGUGCAGGCAGAUAGGAUUACUUUGGAUUGGUACUGUAGUCAGCACAGGCAUUGUGGUCCUCAGGGCUUGUUCCUACAUUGAACUUUCCUGUGGUGUAUGUUAUAGAAUCUGAUUCCACCAAUUUUUAAGGUAGAGUUUCCAGAUCUUAUUUAGAUCUGUUUAAAAUAAGUUCUAAUUUGCCUGCCAGCUCCUUUGGUAGUUAAUAUACUGUAAAUCCUUUUUACUAGAGGUAAGUUUGUCCCUCGGGGUUUUGUAUCUAAACCUUGCAUCGCACUGAAUUCCAUUUUUAGUCUUUCCCAUUGACUUCUCUGUCCCAAGACACAUAAUCCCAGGAUCUCCAGCGCCUUUAAUCACCCAAUAUGCUGCUGAGACCUAUUAGUGAGAUGGCAUAAUGUCCUCUGUUAGAUAUUUAAUUACACUGAAGUUAAAUAUCCCUUGUGCUUUCCUGGCCAUCUUUGUUGGCUGCUCUUGCACCAAUUCAGACUUUUACCAUCAGGUUCUGCUACUCUGCAUUUGUUUCCCCAAGGCAUUUCCCUACAUUCCAACGCAUUUGUCAUGUUAUAACUUGAAAUAUUGCUGCUUUGUCUGCUUCUGAGUUUCUCAUUAUCUGCAGAAUUUGAUAUUGUUCUCUCCACAAAUACAUAAUUCACACACUUGCCAGACCUGGUUGGUUUGUUUGGCAUCAUCUUCCUGCUUGUUUGACUGUCGAUGUUCAACUGAGGUUUGACCUCCAUCUUUUAUUUAUACUUUAUAUUCUCAGACCCACUCUUCCCAGUUUUGCAUUCCUGAAGAGCAAUUAGUAUCGAGAUGUGCUGCAACGUAAAACUGUAAAUAAAUUUUGUUUGUAUGUUUACAGUUUUUCAUACAAGUUCCAUGAAAAUGAAUUUUAUUCUUUGUCCUUAAAAUAUUGUUACAAUUAAACAUUUUAUAUUAUGAUUUAUUCAUUUACUUAGAGUCUUUGAAAACUUAUUUGCAUGAAUAUCUUAAGUAUAUGUUUUAGGGUCUUAAAUACAUUACCUAUCAUUUAUGUCUUGAUAAUAUUUUUAAUCUAUUUGCAAUAGAUGCAGUUUUGCAUUCAUUUGUAAUGGAUCCGUAGAAUAAAUUAGAACCAAAUGUCUGUUUUGCAGUAUUAAGUGUAAAAAUGGGUGGAAUUUUUCCAAUUUCAGUUGAUGUUCAUUAAUGCCAGUGUUGUAAAGAUAAUGCUAAAAAUUAUUGUUGCUUGAUUUAUUUUCAAUUGCUUUUCAAAUCAUGGUAGUGCAUUAAUAUUUUCCAGAGAGCCUGCAUAAUUUUGUAUUUUGUACUUUGUCUCAGCCUGUUACAAAAGUGGUAUAGUUUCCAUGUAUGGUUUUAUAAAUCAAAGUGCCAAAUAGA